AUACCCCUGUCAGACGGGCAUCCGCAAACUCCUUUUAACUCCGUCGUCUUUAUCUUGAGGGAGAUGCAUGCGAUGUCACACGGUCGCCCUUCCACUAAGGGAGUUUAACGGACCUUUUGGUCAAGGGAGAUCGGCGAUCUCCCUCAGCGGCUCAAGGGAGUACUCUCGUGCCCAUGCUUGUUGUUGUAAAGCUGAGAAUUUAAUUAUGGUUUGCAUUAAAAAUAAUGUCGAGUGUUUUUCAAAACAGUUCUGUUGAAAUAAAUAAACGUUCAAGUACAAUUCAGCAACAUUUAUGCUUGCUGCUGGACUAUACUCUCGACCUGUAGGCAAUAGCCCUAGUGCUAGGCGCUUCUAUUCAACAGUUUGUAGCUCUACACGAGACAUGGAGCACCCGGCACCGGAACGUUCAGCGAGGCCGCCUGCGCCACCGAGGCCAACGUGGACGGAAGCUGAAACGUGGAAAUUGAUUCGCCUCUGGGAGGAUAACCUGCACCUACUCAGAGGAGAAAAGCAUAACACAAAAGUGUAUGCAGCAAUUGUCGACGCUCUUCGCGAAAGCGGCAUCAUAAAAACGAAAAAGCAAGUGCAAGGAAAACUCGACAAUCUGACGCAACGAUACAGGUGCCGAAGUGGGCCGGCAUCUUCGACGAGGUUUACAACUGUCGGCGAAACGUACGAGCGGUGGACGUACUACUAUACCCGUGUUUGCACAGUAAUCAACGGGCAACCGCAAGUAACCAACCGAUUCUCGCAUGUGGUUCACGCAGUUUACAGAGUAUGCUGGGCCCGAACAAGUUGCCCGCAGCCGCUCAGCCAACACAACAAUAAAUGUCCGAAGAACAAGCUGGGCGCGAAGGAACUGCGUGAGCAUGGUACGGGAUCGGCAGCAACCACAUGGCCCUUCUUUAGGGAGCUGCACCGUUUUUUGGGGUGCUUGCCAUCCAACGACAGAUCACUGACCCAGGAAAGUGCCUGCAGCCCAAGUGAAACAGUUGAAGAAAUAAUUUAUUCAAUGGAGUUGGGCGCGCCUGUCAGUGCCAACACGUCACUGGUGGAGAGCGGCGAUGAAGGAGAGGCAGCAGUGGUGCCCACAGAUCCACUGUCGCCAAGGCCUGGUCCGAGCAGCACUGUGCCCGUGAGAAAGACGGGAAAGCGCAAAAGAACCUCUGCAAACGAGAACUUUCAAAAUGCUCUGCUGGAGCAGAACGAGCGGCUCAUUAGAGCUCUUGAAGCAGCUACAGCUGAAGAGAACGUCCUCCGAGAGAGGCAAAUGAACAUUCAGGAGAAGCUUGUUGAGCUUAUAGAUGCUUUUCUGAAAAAAUAAAAUAUUUCCUGGUAUUGUCCAACUCUUUACAUCUAUAGUCAGAUACAACUUUAGAAGGCAGCGGCAUUUGCAUCUCAAAGGCGGAUGCACACGGGCCUCCACCAAUAGGCGUGCACUUAAUGCAAUGGAGAACAUGCGUAACAUGGCCGCCCACGCUUCUCACUGGGCCGAGUCGCGUCAGCUCUGUGUGUCUACCUUCGUCAGAGUGAAUUCGAAUUGUUUGUGGUGGUCUGUCAUGCCGGAAAUAUUAUUGAGAGCUUACGGUGCACAAUUUGUGCCACGUGUGUUUGUUCUGAGCCGUGAGCCUGCGAAGAAAGAUUGCAGCAAACAUCGGUGACGCUGCGCUGCGUCUGGAAACAGGAUCCCGCGGCGACAUACCGCUGCAAACAAACACCGUGCGUGUUUGUUCCAUGGUGUUUUGUUUUGCUCCUAAGUGAACUUACGACGAGGAGAGUUCGCUAAAGUCUGGUACCUACUGUGAGCGGCGGGUGUGUUUGUGUAC